AUGCGCAAGCUGGAGACUGACAUGCGGCCUCUGCAGGAGAGCAAUGCGGAGCUGAGUGAGAAGAACGGGAUGCUGCAGGCUGAGAAGAGGCUUUUGGAGGACGACGUCAAACGCUGGAGGAACCGCACUCAGCAACUGGUGAGCCAGCAGAAGGACAGUGAUCAGGAGGAGAGCAAGAAGCUCCAGUCGGAGAGAGAGUCUCAUCUGAAACGAAUCCAGCAGCUGACCGAGGAGACGGCCAAACUGAAGAGUGAGGUGGCCAGGGCCAACGCAUCAGCGUCCUCCGUGCAGAGUCAGGUGCAGAACCUCAGGGAGAACGUGGGAAAACUCACCACAGAGAGAGACGGCCUGAAGAAGGACCUGGAGGCCAAGAAUCUGGACAUUCAGGAGAAACUCAAAACCAUCACUCAGGUCAAGAAGAUUGGCCGGCGCUACAAAACCCAGUAUGAGGAGCUAAAGGCGCAGCAUGACAAGAUGGUUGCAGAAGCCGCCGCUAAGCCUGCGCAGGCGGAGGAAGCGCAGCAGGAGGUGCAGCAGGAGAUCCAAAACCUGAAGAACUCUCUGACUCAGGCUCAGAACAAGACCACGGAGUUGGAGGCGCAGGUGGAGAGCAUACAGAAG